ACCUCCGCCUCCUACCCGGAAGGAACUGAGGGCGAUGGCGGCGGAGCCUAUGGGGCAACAGUGGGUGCUGGUGGAGAUGGUCCAGGCCUUCUAUGAGGCUCCAGCUUACCAUCUUAUUUUAGAAGGUAUUCUGAUCCUAUGGAUAAUCAGACUGCUUUUCUCUAAAACAUACAAACUUCAGGAGCGAUCUGAUCUUACACCUAAGGAAAAGGAAGAGUUGAUUGAAGAAUGGCAGCCAGAACCUCUUGUUCCUCCAGUACCAAAAGAUCACCCAGCACUAAACUACAACAUUGUUAAAGGGCCUCCAACUCACAACAUUAUCGUCAAUGACAAGGAAUGUAUAAACUUUGCAUCAUUUAAUUUUCUUGGGCUUUUGGAUAAUGAAAGACUUAAAAAUGCAGCCCAAGCAUCUCUGGCAAAAUAUGGUGUUGGCACAUGUGGCCCUAGAGGAUUUUAUGGCACUUUUGAUGUGCAUUUGGAACUGGAGGAACGACUUGCCAGAUUUAUGAAGACCGAGGAAGCUAUUCUAUAUUCCUAUGGAUUUGCUACAAUUGCCAGUGCUAUUCCUGCCUAUUCAAAACGGGGCGACAUUUUGUUUGUUGAUGAAGCAGCCUGCUUUGCUGUUCAGAAAGGGUUGCAGGCAUCCAGAAGUAACAUUAAGUUUUUUAAGCAUAAUGAUAUGGAUGAUCUUGAGCAUCUAUUACAAGAGCAAGAGAUUGAAGAUCAAAAGAACCCUCGAAAAGCCCGUGUAACACGAAAAUUUAUUGUAGUAGAAGGGUUGUUUAUUAAUACUGGGGAUAUUUGUCCUCUGCCAGAAUUGGUAAAGUUAAAGUAUAAAUACAAAGUGAGAUUGUUUUUGGAAGAAAGUUUCUCCUUUGGAGUAUUGGGAGAACAUGGACGAGGAGUUACAGAACAUUUUGGAAUAAGUAUUGAUGACAUUGAUCUUGUAAGUGCAACUAUGGAAAAUUCCCUGGCUUCUAUUGGAGGAUUUUGCUGUGGACGAAGCUUUGUUAUUGACCACCAGAGGCUGUCUGGUCAAGGCUAUUGCUUUUCAGCCUCUCUGCCUCCCCUCCUAGCUGCUGCUGCCAUUGAAGCUCUCAAUAUCAUGCAAGAAAACCCAGGCAUUUUUCAGGUUUUAAGACAAAAAUGUAAGCAAACAUACAAAGCUUUACAAGGGAUUCCUGGUCUACGACUAGUGGGACAGUCGUUUUCCCCAGCAUUACAUCUCCAGUUAGAAGAAAGUACUGGAUCUCGAGAAAGUGACAUGAGGCUACUGAAAGAAAUUGUAGAAUAUUGUAUGAACAGAGGUAUUGCUUUAACUCAGGCUCGCUAUUUGGAAAAAGAAGAAAAAUAUCUCCGUCCACCCAGCAUACGGGUGGCAGUGACGGUAGAACAAACAGAGCAGGAAUUGGAAAAAGCUGCCUCCCUUAUCAGAGAAGCUGCAGAAUCUAUACUAAACUGAGGUUGGAUUGCUUCAAUUUCUGUCUCACACAAUACUAGGAUGCUGGUGUUUUCACAGUGUGAUGACUUGCACUUCAGAGAUUUAAAUUAUUUGGAUUAUCAUCUGAUGGAACUGAAAGUUGGACUUUAUUGGGUCAUUUCACACACAAAAACAGAUAUACAAAUACUGGAACACCGAACAUACACUAUAUAAAAGCUUGUCUCUAUUUUUACAUUGUUUAAAUUGGGGAUCAGUGUUACACUGAUAUUUCACUUGAGCAAGACGAUGUCUCCAUUCUCAAAAGUCUUUCUUUCCUUACUUUUCUAAAUGCAUUUUGAAAUAAGUUAAA